UCUUUGUUUUCACUUAAAACCAAAUCCAUGCAGCUGCAUGAGCUUCUCUAGUUCGCAACGAUCCUAUCUGCUGCUCCUUUUUAAAACCAACCAUUCAAUAAACAAAGCAGUAAUCACUCAUGACAAAAGAAGACCUUUCAGCGGCUACCAUAACCGCCACCGCCGCCGCGACCACCACCACAAACACGAAGAAGCUUACCCUCAUCCCUUUAAUAUUCCUGAUCUAUUUCGAAGUUGCGGGUGGUCCUUACGGCGAAGAACCAGCGGUUCAAGCUGUGGGUCCCCUUUUAGCCAUUCUUGGCUUCCUCAUAUUCCCUUUUGCAUGGAGUGUCCCUGAAGCCCUCAUAACCGCCGAGUUAACCACCGCCAUUCCUGGUAACGGCGGUUUUGUCAUAUGGGCCGAACGGGCUUUCGGCCCAUUCUGGGGCUCUCUUAUGGGCACGUGGAAAAUGCUCGGCAGUGUCAUCAAUAUGGCAUCUUUCCCUGUUCUCUGCAUCGACUAUGUCAAGAAAAUGUUCCCUCUUCUAGAAUCCGGUUGGCCACGUUAUGUGGCAAUUCUGUGUUCAACUUUGGCUCUUUCUUUUCUCAAUUACACUGGUCUUACUAUUGUUGGUUAUGUUGCUGUGUUCCUCGCUAUUGUUUCUUUCUGUCCCUUUAUAUUAAUGUCUCUUAUUGCUAUCCCAAAGAUUCAUCCGCAUAGAUGGGUUAUUUUGGGCCAAAAGGGUGUAAAGAAAGAUUGGAACUUGUUCUUCAAUACCCUUUUUUGGAACUUAAAUUUUUGGGACAACGUUAGUACUUUAGCAGGAGAAGUUGACAGCCUCCAGAAAACUUUUCCUUUGGCUCUUCUCAUUGCUGUGAUUUUCACUUGUGUCUCUUACUUGAUUCCACUCUUUGCUGUCAUUGGAUCUGUUUCUGUGGACCAGAGAGAAUGGGAAAGUGGGUUCCAUGCGCAAGCGGCAGAGAUUAUUGCAGGAAAAUGGUUGAAAAUUUGGAUUGAAAUCGGGGCAGUGUUGUCUACAAUUGGACUAUAUGAAGCACAAUUAAGUAGCAAUGCUUACCAGCUCUUGGGUAUGGCUGAGAUAGGGAUUUUGCCUAAGUUUUUUGGGGUUCGGUCAAAAUGGUUCAAUACACCUUGGUUAGGUAUUUUGGUGUCUACUUUGAUAACUAUUGGAGUUUCUUACAUGAACCUUAAAGACAUCAUUUCCUCAGCGAAUUUUUUGUAUGGGUUGGGUAUGUUGUUGGAAUUUGCAUCGUUUCUUUGGUUGAGAUGGAAGUCACCCACGAUGAAGAGGCCUUACAGGGUUCCUUUGAAUCUGCCAUUGCUGGUGAUGAUGUGUUUGGUACCCUCUAGUUUUCUGAUUUUGAUAAUGGCUAUAGCUACAAAAACUGUUUAUUUGAUCAGUGGGGUGAUGACCGUAGCUGGCAUAGGCUUUUUCUUCUUUCUAAAGCUCUGCAAGAAAAGGAAAUGGGUGGAGUUCAGCAUUGCAAGUGAGGAAGCAGAAAAUGGAGAUGACUUUCAAAGGGGUAUGUUAUGA